AUGGGGUUGCAAUACGAGUUGCUUUGGGUUUAUAUGGCGUCUCAAAGGAAGGAAAUGAGUGCUGAGAGGGUAAGGGUAAUUGAGGCGUUGUAUCGUAUGAUGAAUGUACUAUUAGGUAGUCUUGAAAAAGAGAGAGAAAUAUUGAGUUUUUACUGUAACGAGAGGGAUUUGGGAAGAAAUGAGGAUAGUUUGAUGAAAGAGAAGAUGACGGCAAUGGUCGAAAAUGAUAGGAACUUUGUUGAAGAAAUGGAGAAGUUAUUGGAGGAAAGGGAUGCAGCUAGAACAGUGUUGGAAAUGAACAAUAAGGAACUAAAGGGUCUGCAGAAGAAGAUUCUGAACUUUCUUGAGGAGUUUCUUGGAGAAAAACGUACCGGUGAAAGUGAAAAUUCUGAGCUACACGAAGAAAAUUCCCUUUUGGAGGUGAAGAGUAGCUUCAACGAUUUGAGGGAUAAAAUGGAAUUAACCAGCAUUAAUCAUGGACAAUUAUUGACUUUGUUGAACAACACUAUCUCACUAUUAUAUCAAUCCAUAGAUGAAAAAGAUCGGAAGGAGAAGGAAGAAGCUCCUAUUGCUGACAAGAAGCCUGAAGAGGAAGCUGAACAAAUUGCAACCGACUUAGAGACAAUAAAACAAGCAUUUAACAAUGAAGAGACAAUGACUCAAGGUUUGAAGCUGAAAGCUGAGAUUAUGAAGAGACAGAGACUCAUCUUUGUUUUGUAG